GGGGGAUGUGGUGUUGCCGCGACCGCCACCGCAGCUGCCACUGCCUGCUCUUUGCCGCGUCUUCCCGGAGGCGGCUGCUGGAAGCAGCCGGGAGCAGCUGCGGUGCUCUGCCAUAUUGUGUCUUUCCCCUGCCGACCCUUGCCUCUCCGCUGCGGCAACCGAGCUGACGAAUUGUAAGAGUAAAUGGGUCCAGUAAUUGGAAUGACUCCAGAAAAGAGAGCUGAAACGCCUGGAGCUGCAAAGGUUGCAGGAUUAAGCCAGAUUUACAAAAUGGGAAGCUUGCCUGAAGCUGUUGAUGCUGCCAGGCCAAAGGCCACUCUAGUGGAUAGUGAGUCAGCAGAUGAUGAACUCACAAACUUGAACUGGCUUCAUGAAAGUACUAAUCUUCUAACAAACUUCAGCUUCGGAAGUGAGGGUCUUCCGAUUGUAAGGCCAUUGUAUGACAUAGAGGGAGAUGACAUGCCAUCCCUAGGACUGUCCUGCUAUCAGAACACAGAGAAAAAGUCAGCAACCUCAAAGCCCCCAUACUCCUUUAGUCUUCUCAUUUAUAUGGCUAUUGAGCAGUCUCCAAAUAAAUGUUUGCCUGUUAAAGAAAUUUACAGCUGGAUUCUGGACCGCUUCCCUUAUUUUGCUACUGCACCCACAGGCUGGAAGAAUUCUGUUCGACAUAAUCUGUCCCUGAAUAAAUGUUUUCAGAAAGUGGAAAGAAGCCAUGGCAAGGUUAAUGGAAAAGGUUCCUUAUGGUGCGUUGAUCCAGAAUAUAAACCCAACCUAAUGCAGGCACUGAAGAAACAACCUUAUUCCUCAGCAUUAACACGGUACACCCCUCCUACAUCUCUGCAAAGUGGCUCUUUAUCACCUCACUACUUAAACUCUGUACUCAAGCAGAACCAGGUGCGAACCCUCAAAGAAUCUGAUAUUGAUGCUGCCACUGCAAUGAUGCUUUUAAAUACUUCUAUAAAGCAAGGAAUUUUAGAAUGCGAGAAUCCUCUUCCUCUUAAAACAGCAAUGCAAAAGAAGAGGAGUUACAGCAAUGCAUUUAAUCAUCCCAGUGCUAUGCGAUUACAAGAGAGUGAUUCUUUAGCCACCAGCAUUGAUCCAAAAGAAGACCACAAUUACAGCGCAAGUAGUGUGGCAGCACAGCGGUGUGCGUCCAGGUCUAGCGUGUCUUCCCUGUCUUCUGUGGAUGAGGUAUAUGAAUUUAUCCCAAAGAGCAGUCAUGUGGGAAGUGAUGGCAGUGAAGGAUUUCACAGUGAAGAAGAUACAGAUGUUGAUUAUGAAGAUGACCCUCUUGGAGACAGUGGCUAUGUCGCACAGGCUUGUGCAGACUCCUCUGAGAAAGGGAAUUCAAGCAAAAAGAUGCAGAAACAGUCAUGUCAAGAAAUUGAUGAGGAGCUCAAAGAGGCAGCUGGAUCUCUGCUCCACCUUGCUGGAAUUCGUACAUGUCUGGGUUCCCUGAUAAGUACUGCCAAGACACAAAAUCAAAAGCAGCGGAAAAAAUAGAAAUACUAAUUAGCAUGAAAGUAUUUUACAGUGUGGCAAUACUCUUCUACUAAUUCUUAACAAGGGAUAUCAAAGCCAUAAUGGACUUCUUUUGUUUUGGGGUGGGGGAGGGGUGCUAAUUACUUGUUGAUUUCAAAAUAUUGUUCAUUUAAUUUUUAUUAAGUAAUUGUUGUUAGAAUCAUGCCCAACUAUAAAUAUGAUGUGAAGUCCUAAAAGCAUAAUUUCUGUGAUAAGCAUCUCCAAGAAUUGGAAAUUUUUAUGUAAGAAAAUCCUCAGCUUCUGUCUGAAAGUUAAAUUUUUUGUUCUGUUAAUAUGUCAAAAUGUAAGAAUUGGCAACUAUAUAACUUUCAUUUUCUUUUCCUAUCUGUAAUUAACUAUAGUUGCUAAUCCAGCUAAAAACUUUGAUGUCUUUCUCAUAUUUCUCUCUUGACACAUGCACACAUGCAUCGGUAUGAUGAGAUUUAAGUUUUUUAUUUUGUCUUAAUUUUUGUUUUUAAUUAUUUUUUGUUGAAGCAUGAACAAAGUUGAAUGUAAAUUGGAAAAGAUCCUAGAUGUCUAGGAAGGUCUUUUGUUACAAGGCAGAGUUCAGCAGUUCUUAGAUUUAGAAAAGGUAAUUUUGUGGUGUGCUUUCAUCUAAGAACACUCCAAUUCCUAUUACAAUAUUUUUUUUCAAAUUGCUUUACUUCCCAGAUGUUGCAUAGCAUUUACUGGGGCCUCUUGUUCUUUCCCAAAGUGCUUUGCAACCAUUGUUUAAAAUUUUCUCACCAACUGUCUUUGUUGAAUAGAAAUUAUCCGAUGGGAGGAUACAGCCAUAGAGUGUUAUGAAGUUAACACCCAUUCUGACACACUUUCACAAGAAAAGAAUCUUUCACUUGCUUGUUAAAUGUACUGCAUUCUGAGAAUCUUAAGUAGGAAUGGAGUGUAAUUUAAUAUAAACAGUUUGAAUACUUAUUUCAUAUGACAUCAUAAAUAAAGGUAGAUCAUUUAGGUAAAAAAGACUUGUCCAAGCUUUGUAUGUAAAUUUGUAUGUACACAUAAUUAAAUUUAAAAGAAUUUAACAAAACUACAGAGACAAAAAUAUCUUCAUGGGUUUCAAAACUUGUAUAAAAUCAAAUGUUGUACAAUAUACCUUUUGAGGAGGCAGUGUAAUACAUAUUAUGUGCCAUCAAUCCAUACUACAAGAUUUUGUAUUACUGUUCUAAACAUGCAUUGACUAAGGCAUUUUAAGUAUGAACAAAUCUGAUUCUAUGAGACAUUUUGUCAUAUCACAUUUGUAUAGUUUGAAACAUCCAGAAAGAUCAAAGGAUACUAAUAAAACUAAACUUAUUCAUUAUAUAUAUUUUUUUACAAUGGUGGAAGCAACUUUCCGAAAGUUCAGUCUUAACUCAUGCUCCAUCCUGUUUUGUAGACAAUGACCUUGUUUUCAAUUUUCUGAGUUUCAAAUAUGCAUAUACAUAGAUACAUACACUCAUGAUUUUGGUUUGUCAUUUUCAGCUGUUUCUGUGACUAUAAAGCUUUUUCUUGAAUUUUUUUAAGAGAUAUUUUUAUUGACUGCUAAAUUUUAUUUGGGUAAAACUGUCAAAUGAGAAACAAUGAAAACGUCUUUUUCAAUUGGCAAAACUUUAAGCCAGGGAUAACAUUAACUUUAUUUGUCCUGUUUCCAUGUUAAUUGUAAUUGAACCUGGAUAGCCACAUAAUAGAAUUGGUGCUAUUGAAAAAUAGUAAUUUUUAAAUUCGUUGAUAAUGAAAAAUAUUCCUUAAAUAUGCAGGAUUGAGGUAUUUGAGUAUUUUGUUCUUCGUAUAGUCACAUCUACUAUAGAAAAUAGGUGACCUAGUCAAAUUUUUUUUACUGUAGGUGGUGAAUAUAACAAAAAAUUGCUUUUAUCACAGUAUGAAUCGCACUCAGAUUACAAAAAUCAUUUUAAUAACAAUAUUUUUAAGUUAUUUACCAUGGCCCUCUGAAUAGACCUUAGUAACAGUGUUUCAGUGAUCUGGUUCCAGUUCAUUUUGUUCUACUGAGAUUCUGUACCACAAAUGUUCUCUCUGGUUCCUGUCCAUUAAUUAUCCUUUGUAAGUAAAGGAAAGUCAUCUAAGAUAAGGAGGGGGGAGAGUUGUUACCAGUUCUAAUAGAGAUAUUCAAAAUUUUUUUGUUACAAAUAAUAGUAACUCUUUAAACUUGAUCUUCUCUCUUUGUGACUCUUCCCACACAUUUAAAAGUUUUAAGUUAUAUUUAUCACUAGCAAGGACAAUAAACACUGUCAGACUGAAAACUAACAGGAAGAAGUUGCAUGAUAUUUUACACUUAAUUCUUGUACAGAAGUCAGUGCAUCACUUUCCAUUUGCUGAUUUACCAAGGCAGUUACUUUCAAGGGGAAGAAAUUUUUUAAUUACAGUUCCCCCUUUAUGACUUCUGUAGACAUUAUCCCAUUUCAGGUGUGUUGAGAUUAAACCAUGACUAAUAACCACCAAUUAAGAAAAAUCAUUUCAAGUCCUAUGGACUGGAAAUUGUAUUUAUAAUAAUAUAUUAAUAACAUUUUACUGUAAUAAAAACAACUUGGCAAUCCUAGAGAGGUUAUAUAUUUUCCAACAUAUUUUAAAACUGAUUUAAGCUAACAUAAUUUUUCUUACAUCAAUUGAAAGUGUUAUAACCAAUUCCAGUUUAUAAUAUACCCCUAGUAAAAAUUUUGAUUUAGCACAAUUAGAAUCACAUCUCAAAUAGAACCAGUGUUUUUGAGUAUAGAUUUUUUAAUUUAUUUGUGCAAUAUAUUACUAAAUUAGUUAAUACUUUAUUUUACUUUCCAAAUUCAGAGAAAGAGCACAUUACUUGUAUUCAUGGGAAAGCUUAUUGGUGGAUAACCUUUUUUCCACCUUUGAGCUUUUUCCUAUCCUCCCUACAGCCAGCAUGACAUAUAUCUCUUCAGAUUCUUUGUGUAUAGUAAAGUUGAGAAAGUGUUUUUUCUUUUGCUACUUCUGAGGCAUUAUAUAAAGGGGUCAUACUAGAUGGUCAGUUAAAUAUAUGUUAGCAUAAAUUCAAAGCUAUAGAGGAAGUGUUAAGAAGGAAUUGUACGUCUUGGUAGACCAGGAAGCCCUUCCCAGAAGUUGAAGCAACAGAUGUGAAUACUUCACAAAGCUGUGAAGACUGUUGUCUUAAAUACUACAGUAAUUUAACUUGUGAAGACCAUAGCAUUUAAUUAAGAAACUUUGAGGUUUUCUGAUUUACAUAUAUUUUAUCAUUUUUGUUAGUUCGAAAUGUGUAAACUUUGUUUUAAACAAAGUUUACUUCAGUAUGUUAAUGAUGUAGUCAAAAUAUUUAUUGAAAGAGUAUUGUUAUACCUGCCAUUUUUUUCUUACAGCAAAUUUUUUGCAUCUAACUGCCAGUGCCAUUGUCAAACCUUGUUUUUAAAAUUGUAUAUUUCUUAUUAAACUAAGUCCUUAAUUUUAAAGUAUUAUGUUGCCAUCAGAUAGUGUAUAAAAAUGUAUAAUUGCCAAUUCAUUGUAACUAUUAUUUAUUUUUAUAUGAAAGUAUAAGAAUGCUUUCUGAUUUCAAAAAAUUUUGAGUUAUCAAACUGUUUCCUUAUCCUAUUUUCUGAUGUAGCAUAAAAAUUGCCCUGAGUUCUACUUACACUGCCAGUAGAUGACCAGUCACAAGUGAACCACUUCUCAGUUGCCAGUCUUUGCUCAUAUUAAAAACAACUUAACAGAUGUUUAGUUUUUGUAUCUAAUCUCUGAUUAUUAAAAUGUUUAUAAAGUUUAUUUUUACCAAAGAGAUGCAAUUCAUUAUGAUAAAGUAUUGCAGAAUAAACCUUGUUUUAUAAAA